UCCUCCUCUAAUCUGGGUCACGGGAAUUGAGGGAAGCGGCAUCUUACAUAAAAAUUCGGCUCAUUACAACUGGAUACAGUUCGUGGUCUCCGUGUUUCCAAACUACAGACAUCAGUAGGGGAAAACCAGGACCUGUAGAAAUUACACUCCCUGGCCGCGCAGAGACUUGUGGGAAAUGUAGUCACCGUGACGUCACAAGUCAGUAGAGUUUGGCUUUUGGUAAGCAUGUGCAGAUCUUCCCCAAAGUUGGAUCUGGUCCUGCUCGGCUCAACAGGUGGAUCUCGGACAUGGAGGAAAUCCUAUCAUUCUGGGAUGUGGCCAUUGAUUUCUCUCCAGAAGAGAGGGAAUGCCUGGAGCCUGCUCAGUGGAAUUUGUACAGGGAUGUGAUGUUGGAGAAUUACAGCAACCUUGUGUUCCUGGGUCUUGCUGUGUCUAAGCCAUACUUGGUAACAUUUCUGGAGCAAAACCAAGGGCCUUCGCGUGUGGAAAGACGAGCAGCAGCCACCGUGCCUCCAGGAACAACAGUCAAUGAGUUUAACAAUCACAACAAGGCCAUUGAUCAAAACUCACUACCCAUUCAAUGCCAGAGGAUUCAUUCAGGAAGGAAACCCCACAGGUUUGAAGAAUGUGGUAAGCUCCUUAGUGCACACUCAACACUUUCUAGACACCAGAGACUUCAUACUGGAGAAAAACCCUACAAGUGUAAAGAAUGUCAUAAGGCCUUUAGUACUCGCUCAUCGCUUUUUAUACACAAGAAAAAGCAUAGUGAUGAAAAAACUUACAAGUGUGAAGAAUGUGGCAAAUCAUUUUACUUUCCUUCAAUGCUGAAGCAGCAUCAGAUAAUUCAUUCUGGAGAGACACCUUAUAAGUGUGAAGAAUGUGGCCGAUCAUUUUACUAUCUUUCCACACUGAAGCAGCAUCAAAUAAUUCAUUCUGGAGAGAAACCCUACAAGUGUGAAGAAUGUGGAAAAUCAUUUCACUGUCUUUCAACGCUGAAGCAACAUCAAGGAAUUCAUUCUGAAGAGAAAAGGUACAAGUGUGAAGAAUGUGGCAAAUCACUUUGCUAUCUUUCAUGUUUUAAGGAACAUCACAGAAUUCAUUCGGGAGAGUAUCCCUACAGAUGCAAAGAAUGUGGCAAAGGGUUUUCCCGUUCUGUUCACCUUCAGGAACAUCAAAGAACUCACACUGGAGAGAAACCAUACAAGUGUGAAGAAUGUCACAAAGUCUUCCGUUACCAGGCAUCCCUUAAGUACCACAAGGCAGUUCACAGUGAAAAGAAAGCCUACAAUGGGGACCUGAGUGGAGAAGGGUUUACUAAGCCCGCUUUCUUUAUUGACUACAAUGUGAUCCAUGCUCCAUUAAAAGAUUAUAAGUGUGAAGAGUGUGGCAAAUGUUUCUCCUUAUCUUCGUACCUUAGACGACAUAAAAAAAUCCAUUCUGAAGACAAUCCCUACAAGUGUGCAGCCUGUGGCAAAGGGUUUUCUUGUUCUUUUAACCUUCGAGAACAUCAAACAGUUCAUACUGGAGAGAAACCAUAUAAGUGUGAAGAGUGUGGGAAAUGUUUUCGCUUAUCUUCAUCAUUCAGAAGACAUCAAACAAUUCACUCUAAAGACAAUCUUCAUUAGUGGAAAGGGUGUGGCAGAUGGUUUUGCUCUUCUUUUGAACUUAGAGGACAUCAAACAAUCCAUUCUGAAGACAAUCCCUACAAGUGUAAAGAGUGUGACUAAAAGUUUUCCUGUUCUCUACACCUUCAGGAACAUCAAACAAUUCAUACUGGAGUGAAACCACACAAGUGUGAAGAAUGUCACAAAGCCUUUUGUUGGGCUGGAGAGAUGGCUCAGAGGUUAAAAGCACUGCUUGCUCUUCCAGAGGUCCUGAGUUCAAUUCCCUGCAACCAUGUGGUUGCUCACAACCAUCUAUAAUGAGAUCUGGUGCCCUCUUCUGGCCUACAGGUGUACAUGCAGGCAGAGCAUUGUUUACAUAAUAAAAUAAAUAAAUUAAAAAACAAAAGAACAGCAAAGCCUUUCUCAGUCCUUAGAAUACACAAGACACUUCAUACUGGAGAGAAACCUUACAAGUGUCCAGAGUGGGGAAAAUGUUCUUCCUUUCACAGCCCUUAGAAGGCAUCAAAUCCAUUCUGAAGACACUCCCCAUGAAUGUGUAGAAUGUGGCAAAAGGUUUUCUCAUUCUGCACGCCUUCAGGAACAUCAGAAAGUUCACACUGGAGAGAAACCAUGCAAAUGUGAAGAGUGUCACACAACCUUUAUCACUCAUUUCUUAGGAGACACAGGGCAGCGCAUACUGCAGAGAAAGCCUACAAGUGUGGAGACUGUGGCAGAUGUUUUCCUUCUCUUCAUCCCUUAUAUGACAUCAAAUUGUUCAUUCUAACGCCAGUUCCUACAAGUGUGUGGAAUGUGGCAGAGCCUUUGCCAUGCUGUCUGCGCUUACUAAGUUCAAGCUGGUUCAUUCCAGAGAAAAAUCAUAAAAAUGUGAAGUAUAUGGGAAAGCCUUUUCUUCUAAUGCUUCCUUAACUCAGCACAAGUUAUGUCAUACUGGAGUAAAAUCUUAUCAGUGUAAAUGUAGCAAAAUGUUUUAUUCUACUUCAAAACUGAAGAAAAUAAAUCAUCAUCAAGAGAAACCAUAGAAAUGUGAUGUAUGUGGAAAAGCCUUUUCUGUUAAUUGUUCCCUGUUUCAGCAUAAAAUAGUUUGUACUGGAUAGAAAUGCCACAAAUGUGAAAAGUGAGGUGUAAUGUUUGUACCUCAAAUUGAAGAGACAUGAAACAAUUCAUUGUCAAAAGAAACCCUACAAACGUGAAGGGCUUUUAUACUCGCCAAGAGCUUGCUGUACACAUGAGAGCUCACACCAAAGAAAAUCCAUACAAAUGUGAAGCAUGUUAAAGAAUCUUUUCUAUUCUCUUAAACCAUCUCAACAAAUUAUAUUAUACAGGGGAGAUUUUUUUUUUUUUACUAAUAAGCCAAGAGCUUUAUUAAUGCAGCAGGCACUUUACAAUGAACCCAAGAAAUCCUGUCUUCUCUAGGAAGACAAGAUGUCUGUACAAACUCUCAGGUUUUUUCCACUUCAGAAUCCAAGCUCCGAGCUGUCCUUUUCACCACAGAACCUUGGAUCUAUACCUGCCCAAAUAGUUCCCUCCGCAUUUCAAACUGUGCACAAAGGGACACCUGACAUAAUCUGGCCAGUCGGCCUGAUACUCAAGUGUCGGCUGUGUUACUCUGUAGACAAAGGCAGACACCGAUGCUGCAAAGAAUUUAGGAAACAAGACAAUGUCUCCAUCCACUCAAAAAUAAAAUACAUUCCAUCAGGUGUGUACUGAACUGUUUUUAGUUGGGAGUUCUAGGAAGAUGGUCCAUUGUUAGUCCCUUCUUCACCAGCCUGGGCAUCCAAAAUUCUUCUGAAUGUAAUUUUUUUUUUUUUAAACAAUCGUUCUUGCUGUAAGAACUCUUCUAAUGGAGCCUAGUCCUCCUACAGCUAAGUCCCUUUCAUGCCACUGGAGUAACACUGCGCUGCUGUUUUCUGUGAGCUUCUCAAAACCCUUUAUAAAAUGUACUGCUUUCACAAGUGACUGCCAUUUCUGUUCAGUGACGCACAGCCUGAUCAGUUUCGCUGCUGCGCCGGUUCCUUCACAGCUGGGUCCUUGGUGUUGAUUGGAGAGUUGCGCAAGGCUGCAUGGAAAGCCCGAAGCUUGUCCCCUUGCCGCAGGAGCCUGUCUACCUCACUGGGGCCCGGGCUUGGCUCGCCCGCUGCCACUGCUGCCUCUUUCUGGUAUGAAAUUGUUGCUAUCCACUCGGAAGCGCGAGGACAGCGUGUUCUGGGCCAUAGAGGGAGCUCAGCGGCUGCCCUUUGCAGCUCGGCUGCACUCCGUAUCGGCUCCCCUGCGCACUGGCUCCUCUCAGAGAAAUCUUACUGAUGUGAAGAAUGUGGCAAAAUGUUUUGUACUAUUUUAGAUCUUAAACAUCACAAUCCUCAUCCUGGAGAAUAACCAUAUAGAUGUGAAGAAUGUCUGAUUCUGUGACCUUACAUCUGUGUAACAAUUAAUUAUUUUGGAAUACUAAAACAAAUGUCUAAUGUCGACCAGCACAGACGCUAAGACUCUGGUCAGAGAACUGUAGAGAUGUCUCCUUGAUGCGUCUCCUCACCCCGUUGUAAAGUAGUGUGUUUGAACCAUGCCUUGAUUGAGAAAUUUCUUUCUUCUGUAACUAUCAAUGUACCACGGAGCUGUUACCGUGCUGUUACACGGUUCUUUGGCCGACUGGAUCUGAGUUCUGGGCCACGCGGUACUUACUGUGCUUUUCUAGGUGGGGGUCACCCCCGUUCCUGUAAUAAUGUCUCUUCUGGGUAUGUAAGAAGCUCUAUGAACUCACCUUUCUCACAAUGUUGGUGAAAUGAUCUGCAUUGGUACCAAUCUGAGGUGAAUGGGCUUAGUGUUUCUCUCCCCAGGAAACAUGAUAGAGCUCAUCGUCAGUCAUAUUUGGUUCCAGAAUAAAGAAACUUAUCCUCUAAGUUCAGCAAA